AUCCAAGUUUCAAUUUGUAUUCAUUGCUUCUUUUUAUUUUUCUUUAAGCAAAAACAACAUUCCAACAAAUAACCAAUCUCUCUUCACCUUCUCUUCUUCUUCCUUAAUCUGUACUACACCUUCAAACCAAAUACAGAAAAUCCCAUCUCAACCACUUCUCCAUUCCUACCUCUUUCGAUCUCUUGAGGGUUUUUUAAGAGAAAGAGAGAGGGAGGGAUGAACACGAAAGGGUUCUAUGUGAGAAUGAGGCUUCUGCAAAAUAAUACAAGACAUUACAGAAAUGCGGAUAAGAGUAAUUUUUGCAGCAGAUAUUUCAAGUGGAUUCUCUGGUUCUCUUUAUCCUUCUACUUCUUUAGCUCUUUUCUUAUUACCAACAAUAAACCUACAAAUUCAAUUUCAAGAAAUACUGUUUCUAAAACCAAACACUCUCGAGCUCUUAUUGAAGAAUUAUCCCUUCUCAAAAGCACCCAUAAUCCCCAAGAUACAUUGAAGGGGAUGAAGGUUUAUGUUUACGAUUUACCAUCGAAAUAUAACACUGACUGGCUAUCUAACGAGCGAUGCAGCAGCCAUUUGUUUGCUUCUGAGGUGGCGAUACAUAAAAUCUUGAUGAACAACAACGAUAUUCGGACAUUAGACCCAUGGGAAGCUGACUUUUUCUUUGUCCCUGUUUAUGUAUCGUGCAAUUUCAGCACUGUUAAUGGCUUCCCUGCAAUUGGCCAUGCCCGUUCUCUCAUUUCUUCUGCUAUUCAACUCAUUUCCUCUGAACUUCCCUUCUGGAAUCGAAGCAGUGGUUCUGAUCAUGUUUUCGUUGCGUCCCAUGAUUUUGGUUCCUGCUUUCACACCUUGGAGGAUGUGGCCGUGGCAGAUGGGGUGCCGGAAGUUUUGAAGAAUUCAAUCAUAUUGCAAACAUUUGGGGUGAAGUAUAAACACCCUUGUCAAGAAGUGGAAAAUGUGGUGAUUCCGCCGUAUGUUUCGCCAGAAAGUGUGCGAACCACCCUGAAAAUGUCGCCGUUGAACGGCCGGCGUGACAUUUUCGUAUUCUUCAGGGGUAAAAUGGAACUUCAUCCCAAGAAUGUCAGUGGUCGUUUUUACAGCAAGCAGGUGCGGACGGAGAUAUGGCGGAAGUAUGGCAAUGACAGGAGGUUUUACUUACAAAGGCAGAGAUUUGCCGGUUACCAGUCAGAGAUUUUACGGUCAACGUUUUGUUUAUGCCCAUUAGGAUGGGCCCCAUGGAGUCCAAGAAUAGUUGAAUCAAUUGUUUUAGGAUGUGUGCCGGUAAUCAUAGCGGAUGGCAUCCGGUUGCCCUUCCCCUCCUCCGUGCCAUGGGCGGAGAUAUCUCUCACGGUGACAGAGAAGGACGUGGCAAGGCUGGGGGAUAUACUUGGAGACGUGGCAGCCACCAAUCUCACUUCCAUUCAGAGAAAUUUGUGGGACCCAGAUGUUAGAAAAGCCCUACUUUUCAAUGAUCCAAUGGUCGAAGGUGAUGCGACCUGGCAGAUAAUGGUAGCCCUAUCAGAGAAGCUCGACAGGUCCCACAAAAAGUCAAGUGUUUUUGACCAAUGAGAAUAUGACACGUGUACAUGGAAGCCAGCUGGGAGCUAAAAAAGGCCAGUGGGGCCCAGAGUCUGAGAUUUGGUUGUUUGCCAUGUGGGAUAGUACUUCUGAGUUGGCAAGAAUCUAUUCGAUCGGCUUUGCAGUUUGGUGGGACAUAGGUUUCCUGUUGUACACGUGAAGACGAGUAUUUUUUUGUGAAAAAUAAGAUAGAGAUGAGAUUGUGAAUAUAUGAAAAUAAUUUCUUUUUUAAUUUGUAAUAAUUUGUUGGGUAAGUUAAAUUGUUAGUACCGUGAUAAUAAAGAAGUUAAAGAAAUUUCUAAAAUU